AUGGCCAGCUCCUUCAUUCGCACCGGCAAAAAGAUCGUAGCCAUAGGCCGCAACUACGUCGCCCACGCCAAAGAACUAGGCAACGCAACACCCAAAGAACCCUUCUUCUUCCUCAAGCCCACGUCAAGCUACGUACCCUCUGGAGGAAAAGUCGAGAUCCCACAAGGAAUCGUUGCGCACCAUGAAGUCGAACUCGGCCUGGUCAUCGGGAGACGCGCUCGGGACGUGUCGCAGUCGAAUGCGGAUUCGUACAUUUCUGGAUACAGUGGGUCCUCACCUUGCUUUGGAACGCUGGCUGUGGAUAUGACUGCGAGGAACCUCCAGGAUAGGGUGAAGAAACAAGGAUUACCCUGGUCCGCUGCGAAGGGAUUCGACACGUUCACCCCCAUUGGUUCUUUCAUCCCCAAAUCCAAGAUUCUCGACCCUCAUAAUCUGCGCCUCAAACUCAAGGUCAAUGGCCAAGUCAAGCAAGACGGAACCACAGCCGACAUGAUGUUCAAAAUCCCCCGGUUGAUCGAGAACGUGUCGUCCAUCAUGACCCUCGAGGAAGGAGACGUCCUCCUUACAGGAACCCCAUCCGGCGUAGGACCUCUCGUCCCCGGCGACCAAGUCGAGUGCACACUCAGCGACGCUUCAGGCGAGGAGAUUGCCAGGUUGGACUUUUCGGCUGUGGCGAGGGAGGGAGGGUAUCAAUUCCGACCCGAUGAUGUCGACUAG